CGGACAGGGAAGUGUGGAAUCAUAAACAGUUUUUCCUUUUACCGGCUUUUCCAAUUUCCUAGAGCUAAUACAAUCUUCUUAAACGCUGUAGAGAAUGUUGAUUGGAAAGUCAUUUGUUUGUUACAAUAAGAUAGACAGGGAUCCUGUCUCCGUGUUAUUGGAAUUCAAAGGAAGACUUGACGCGUUACUCUUUGAGUGUGGAGCAAUCGCUGAGCUGUCACAAGGGGAAACAGAGAGUAUCAGGAAAGGAUAUUCAAAGGUUGUUGAUGCUUAUGGCUGUCUGGGAGUUCUCAAAAUUAAUCUGGGUGUGCAAGAGAUAAGUUUUUUUCUUGUUCUUGUUACUGGCUGUACAUCAGUGGGAAAGAUUAAUGACAGUGAAAUAUUUCGUGUCAAUGCCACUCAGUUGGUUCCUCUACAAGAUGGUGAGGAUGAAGAAAUUCUUGCUGAAUUAUGCAAACUUUUAAACUCUGGAACAUUUUAUUUCUCUGUUUCUCCUGGAGAUCAGCGACCAUUGGAUUUGACAUUGUGUGCGCAGAGACGAUAUGAGGGAUGUGAACCUGAUAACAGGUUUUUCUGGAAUCGCAGCUUACACAUACACCUGCAGAGAUUUGGAAUUGACUGUUCACAGUGGCUGCUACGGGUUAUGUGUGGUGCAGUGGAAAUACGAACUGUGUAUGCUGGAAAAACUCAAGCUAAAGCUUGUCUCAUGUCUAGACUGAGUUCUGAAAGAGCAGGAACAAGGUUUUAUGUCAGAGGAACAAAUGAUGAUGGACAUGUGGCAAAUUUUGUUGAAACAGAACAGUUCAUUGUGCUCGAGGACAUGACAGUAUCUUUUGUCCAGACUCGUGGUUCAGUACCAGUAUUUUGGGAGCAGCCUGGCUUACAGGUUGGUUCGCACAAGGUCAAACUUUCCAGAGGGUUUGAAGCAUCCUCACCUGCUUUUGACAGACAUUUGACAAGCCUGAAGAAUCUUUAUGGUCAGCAGUUACUUGUGAACUUGCUUGGUACAAAAGAAGGUGAAAACACUCUCAGCAGUGCAUAUCAGGAUCAGUUAAAAGACUCAAUUCAUGGCCGAGAGACUCGCAUGAUUUGCUUUGACUAUCAUCAAAACUGCCGAGGUGGGAAGCUGGACAAGUUAUCGGUGCUGAAGGAAAAAGCGCGACGUUCUCUUGACGAGUUUGGCUUGUUCUUUUGUAAAGGAGAUCACAUUAAGAAGAAACAAAAGGGAGCUGUUCGCACCAACUGCAUCGAUUGCAUAGAUCGUACCAACAGCGUGCAGAGUUAUUUGGGACUUGGGAUGUUAUCACAGCAGUUAGAAUGCCUCAGUUUAUCAAGCAAACAAGGAAUGCUGUCCAGAUUUCAGGAGGCUUUCCGGACCAUGUGGGCACAAAAUGGCGACCAUAUAAGCCGCAUGUAUCUCGGCACAGGGGCCCUAGAUGGCAAAGCCAAGGUAAUCAACAAGCUUCGAGAUGGUGCACGCUCAGUCCACAGAACCAUUGUCAACAACUUCUUGGAUGGAAGCAAACAGGAAGCCAUCGACAUGUUGUUGCUAGGCAACACAUUUGUUGGAGAGUUGGGUGAAAGGGCACGUGCGUUGCUAUAUGCUUCGUUUCUUCACUCGUCACCCACGAUUCUACUGGAGCUGUGCGACCGCCAUCUUGAGUACACCACGUGGUCCAACAUACGGGUUUGUGUGGGUACGUGGAAUGUAAAUGGAGGUAAACACUUCCGGAGUAUCGCUCACAAACACCAAACAAUGCAUGAUUGGCUGCUGGAUUUUCACAAAACACUUCCGGAAAGCGGUUAUUCAGAAAGUGUUGGUGUUAAUUUUAAAGUACCCACAGACGUUUUCGCUAUAGGCUUUGAGGAGCUGGUUGACUUGAAUGCAUCAAAUAUUGUUUCAACCAGUUCAAAUCAGCGUAAGGAAUGGGGCGAGGAACUGCGUCGUAUCAUAUCACGUGAUCAUGCGUAUGUUCUGGUGACGUGUGAGCAGCUGGUUGGUGUUUGUAUGUUUGUGUUUAUUCGGCCUAAUCUGGUCCCAUUCAUCAGGGACGUGGCUGUCCAUUCUGUAAAAACAGGCCUCGGAGGAAGUGCUGGGAACAAGGGAGGCGUGGCCAUCCGUUUUUUACUUCACGCCACUUCUAUCUGUUUCAUUUGCUCACACCUGGCUGCUGGUCAGUCGGGUGUGGCCGAUAGGAACAGUGACUAUAACGAUAUUGCAUCAAGGAUAGCUUUUCCUAUGGGUCGCAGCUUGACCUCACACGACUAUGUAUUCUGGUGUGGAGAUUUCAAUUACCGUAUUGAUCUACCAAUAGACGAAGUGAAAAAACUGGUUAAAAACAAACAAUGGGAAGAACUUUUAAAGGAAGAUCAACUUAUAAAACAAAGGAAUGAACACAAGGUCUUCCGCGCCUUUCAUGAAGGAAAAAUUGCGUUUGCUCCAACUUACAAGUACGACUUAUUUUCUGACGAUUAUGAUACAAGCGAGAAGAUGCGUAUUCCUGCCUGGACCGACCGCGUCCUUUGGAGACGGAGGAAGCCUCGGUAUAAGUCAACAACCUUAGUUCGUAAACAUGUAUCUGCGCGGAAUCAAUCGGAACGGGGAAAUGAAUCACUCUUGAUGGGAGGGGAGGCCGGGGAAGAUGAUGAUAGCAAUGACGAGGAAGAGGCGGACGAAGAAGGAGAGAAAGGCGAAGUUAAGGAUCCGGAUGAAAAUAAAGACAAGAAAGGCGACAAGCCACAAGGAGGGGGAGGAAUUAAUUUCUCUGCUGGAAAAGUUUUAUACUACGGCCGGGCUGAGUUAAAGACCUCCGACCACAGGCCAGUUGUUGCCCUCGUAGAAAUUGAGAUACAGCAGGUUGAUUGGACGAAACAGUGUGAUGUACAUGACCAUGUCAUGGAAGCAAUGGGUCCUGCUGACCCUACUAUUGUGGUCAUGAGUGAUGAAGCUUCUAAAGAGGAUGCUGGGAUUGAUGUGUCUGAGCUUCUCGAUGCCGUGGAGCCGUAUGGGACGGUUGUUUUAGUGAGGUUGGUCGAUGACGAAUUUUUUUUGACUAUGGAUGAUGGAAGGAAUGCUUUGAAAGCUUUGGAACUUGACGGAAAAGAGAUAUCUGGUAAAACAGUGCAAGUUCGUCUUAAAUCUGAAUCGCUCUUAUCCAAAACGGACCUCACUGUUCAAAACCUUGUCUCCGACGGGUCCUCAUUUACUGGUGACUCUGAAGAACACAGGAACUUUAAGUUCACUCCUGUCAGAGGUCGGGCGCUGUCAGAUCUGUUGUCGUCCUCCUCAGAAAAGCAGUCGGUGGACGUACCUGUCUUGGAACCAAUCAGGAUUCAUUCAACGGAAGCUUUGGAUGAUGAAAAUUCCGAGAGUGAACCGGAAGACGACGGAAACCAUGCAGUAAAUUAUGACAGUGACAACGAUAGCGAACCAGAAGCAGACCCUGAAAUGAAAAAGAUCACCAACGAAGGCUGUGGCCCUAAACGUGACGACAAUCAGAAGCCUGGACCUAAGCGGCCACCGCCACCUAGGCCAGCGCCUGCGAGACCCAAACCACCUGUAAAAGCCUCAACUCAGGUCAACAAAGUCGAGGAGAUCCUCGUGGCUUCUGCACCUGUUGACGCCGGCCAAUCUGUUGAAGUUGAGGCCCUUGAUGAUUUUGAUGCCAUGGUGAAGGAAUCUGUCAAACCUCUAAAACCCAGCAGGCCUGCGCCGCCAAAACGACCAGCCCAUCCAAAGAGGGACGCUGAUGGUCCUAAAGCGCCGCUCUCUCUGCCCCCUCCGGAGAGUCCUAAGCCCAAGCCCAAGCCUAAAGUGGACAUCAUUCAUGCUUCCGCUAAAAAAGACAAACAGAGUCCUGGUAUUGGUGUUCCAUUUAAUAUUCAACACGUGGCUCACAUUGGCGCCGAUAACGUGGAGGCUUUGCUGCUUGCUGCCAAAGAUGAUCCCUAACUACUGCCAUCGUUUUUGCUGCCUGAUGGCGUUUCAAGUGAAAAAGAGGAUGGUAAGAAGUCGGUGGGAAAAGGAAAAGCAAAAACGGAUGGAAAAAGUGACAAGGAACAACCUUCAACAAAGCAGACUUCACGUGAUGUAGAUAAAAAUUCAAGUUCAGUUCUCUCUGAUUCAAACACAGACAAUGCUACUGCUAAUAAUGAGGCUACGCGAAUUCAAAGAGCUCCAUCUCUUUCCAAACCAACCCCUAAGCCAAGGCCUCGUUCAAUAAUAUCUGAAAAAGACCCUGAAAAUGGUGGGAGAGUUGAUGAAACGACGGUGAAACCGGUAGCACUUCCACGGACAAAAGUCAAGUCGUCUGGAGUGGUAGUCACUGAAAGUAAUCAUCCAGCUAGAAAGGCACCUAAACCGGAACCUCCUCAGAGACCGGACCUUAAUCCUCCUCCACCCGUGAAACCCAAAGGUAAACUGGUCAUUAAUGAACCUUUAAAUGAACAAAAAAAUUAUCUCCCAGCCUCUGAGAGCGAAUCACUUGAAGUGACUAACGUGUCAAGUGAAAAUAUAACCUUUACUGUACCAGAUUUCCUAGCAGGUGUGUCUGGUCAAGACUCUUCUGAAGAACCGUUCUUGAAGGUUGCAGCCAAGAAGGCGGGUCCGCCCCCCAUCCCCCGCAGAGUUGAUUUGGAAUAAGUUUUUUAAUUGCAAUGUGAAGUACCUGUCGUGGAAUAAAAGAACAGAUUUUUAA